AUGAGGGAGAGGGGUACCUGUGCAAGGGGAUGGGAGGCGGCAGGGGAGGAGGGGGCUCAGGGGCAGUGGUCGUGGGUUCCACCUCUGCAGCUGAAGCAGCUGGAACAGCUGGGGUUCGUGCACCGCCAGCAGGGGCUGCGAACGGUGCGGGAGGAGGUCGGGGUGCGAGCUGAGCAGCAGGGGGGGGGCGGAAAGCAGCACCGAGGGCCUUUCCAGGGGGUCCGCGUGAAGAACUCGGUGAAGGAGCUGCUGCUGCACUUCAGGAGCAGCAAGCAGAUGUCCUCGGGCCCCGCCGCCGAGGAAAGCAAGGCACAAGGAGGAUUGGUGAACUACGAGCCAUACACAGCAGAGCUGAAGAGCAUACUAGGUCACAGUGGCAAAAGAAAGGCUCCUGAGCUCCUUUCUGAUGGACCUUCUUUCAAACGCCAAGCUAAUGUUCACUCACACCUCCUGACACCCCCCCAAACACCGACAUCCAUGGAUAACGUGGAGGAGACACACAAAAACGACCCAAAGCAUGACAGCAAUUCCGAUCUUCUGCAGAACAUCAUAAACAUCAAGAAUGAGUCAAGCCCCGUUUCUCUGAACACGGUGCAGGUUAGCUGGUUGCACACUGUCUCCAGUCACAGCUCACCUGGUGAGCAGUACCAGGACAGCCCGGGAACUUUCUCCCCAUCUCAGAAGUACCAGCCAUUCCAAGAUCCCACCUCCCACCACAUGCUUGAUCCGCCGCAGCAUUACCAGUUCCCUCCGUCGCAGAACCAGGAUUUGUCACAGAGCUAUCCUUCUGACCCCUCCAUGGAGUACAGGCCGUUUGCUGCCAGUGACCAGUCUCCUGGCUACCAGCAGAAUACCUUUGAGAGUCAUGAGCUGCAGUACUGCCCGUCGCAGAGCUUCUCCUCCCUCUUGAAUGACUGUGAAAGCUCAGAGGGCAUCUCCGCUCCCCUCCAGCCACUCGCCGGUGCCCACCCGCAGGCUGAUGUCAGCCCCCAUGUUCCCAGCUUCAGCUUGCUUUCCAAUAACAUCUGUGGCAGCCUGGAGCGCAACGUCUCUGUGGCAGCUUUGAAUGUCUCUCUACCUGACCAAAGCAUCGCCAGAAGCACGACACAGCUGGGCAAGUCGUUUUUUCAGUGGCAAGUGGAGCAGGAGGAAAACAAACUGGCAAACAUCCCUCAAGACCAGUUCCUUGCUAAAGACGCAGAUGGAGACACCUUCCUUCACAUUGCGGUCGCCCAGGGCCGACGAGCUCUCUCCUACGUCCUUGCGAGGAAGAUGGCUGCCCUGCACAUGCUGGAUAUUAAAGAGCACAACGGCCAGAGUGCUUUCCAGGUUGCUGUGGCUGCCAAUCAGCAUCUCAUUGUGCAGGACUUGGUUAGCUUGGGGGCUCAAGUCAACACCACAGACUGCUGGGGCAGAACGCCGUUGCAUGUUUGUGCUGAGAAGGGGCAUGCCCAGGUCCUUCAGGCAAUCCAAAAGGGAGCCAUGGGAAGCAAUCAGUAUGUGGACCUUGAGGCAACAAACUAUGAUGGUUUGACAGCAUUGCACUGUGCUGUUCUGGCUCAUAAUGCUGUGCUGCAUGAACUGCAAAACAGUCGGCCACCUCACUCCCCUGAGGUCCAGGAGCUUCUGCUGAGAAACAAGAGCCUAGUAGAAACCAUCAAGACUCUGAUACAAAUGGGAGCAUCUGUUGAAGCGAAAGAUCGCAAAAGUGGUCGCUCAGCUUUGCAUUUGGCAGCAGAAGAAGCCAACCUGGAGCUCAUUCGUCUCUUUUUGGACCUGCCCAACUGCCUGUCGUUUGUGAAUGCAAAGGCGUACAAUGGCAACACAGCCCUGCAUGUGGCUGCCAGCCUGCAGUAUCGGGUGAGUCAGCUGGAUGCUGUGCGCCUGCUCAUGCGAAAGGGAGCUGAUCCGAGUGCCAGAAACUUGGAGAAUGAGCAGCCAGUUCAUCUGGUUCCUGAUGGCCUUGUAGGAGAACAGAUAAGACGUAUCCUAAAAGGGAAGGCAAUUCAGCAGAGAAUGUCGCCGUUUUAAGCUCCAUGUUUCUUGGAGUUCAGCAACCUACACUCACUGUCAGUCAGGCAGUCCUAAUGUAUCUGUAAAUAGACCAUUUGCCUGGUGUGGGCAAAUGUUAGUUGUUUCUAUGAAACAAAAGUAUUUUGUUCACUAUCAUAUAGUGGGUUAUAGAAGAGUAA